AUGGAUCAUCAAGAAAUUAUUGAAUGCGGCGUUAAAAACAUAGUUGAUAUGUAUAUGGACAAUUUUGAAAAGAGUCAAUAUGCAGCCUUGAUGGAUGAAUAUACAGGAUUGUUGAAACAAAUCGACAAAUGUGUAUUAACGGAAAACGAGAUUGACAUUUUGGCCAAAUGUUUGGCAUGUGAUGUCACUCUAUUGGAUGACCAGCUAAAGUCGAUAACUUCAAUCACGACUGACCAGCUUCAUAAACUUAUGGAGGAGUUACAGAACAUGCAUUUUUCAAGUGUUGCUGAACAAGCAAAAAAACACAAAAGCGCUUUGAGUCUUUAUUCAUUCGGCGUCCUAGUCAAAGGACGAAUUGUGCACACGGAUAAAUUCUACAGAAACCUCGCAGAUGGCAAAACAUACACAUUGCCGUAUUUGAAAGACAAGUGUAUGAAUGAAGAUUGUUCGAUAUGUGGCGAAGAAUUCAACGAAAGAUCGAUUGUGUGUGUGGUGAAGUGCAAGCAUGCAUUUCACCCAACUUGUAUCCAUCGGUGGUCUAUGGAGAGUUCAACCUGUCCGUAUUGUCGGUCGGACAUUGUGGUAUCGUCACUGAUCGACUAUCGAUACGAGACAAAUGUUAAGAAGAAUGGUGAUGUGGUAGCGAAAAUCACACUGACAACGAUAUAG